GGAAGAGGAAGAGGAAGAGGAAGACAGAGAGAGAGAGGAGGACGUGGUCGAAGAGGCCACGCAAGGACCAUUAUUUCGGAUGACAUAAGAGCAACUUUGGUGGACCAUGUCAUAAACCAUGGCCUGACUAUGAGGGAAGCUGGGCAGAGAGUCCAUCCUAAUCUAAGCCGUUUCACAGUUUCAUCCAUAAUAAGGACAUUCCGACUGGAAAACAGAAUGGCUAGAAGACCUACUGGGGGUGGACGCCAACGCCUGUUCACCCAACAGCAGGAACUUGCCAUAGUGAACCUAGUCAGAGCAAACAAUGCAAUCCGUCUCCACCAGCUACAGCAACAAAUACUUGCAGAUAGGCAAGUAUCCAACAACAUAAAUCGAGUAAGCAUUACAACUAUCAGACGCAUCUUGGUAAAGCACAACAUGACCAUGAAGCAAUUGUACAGGGUCCCAUUUGAGAGGAACAGUGUCAGGGUCAAAGAACUUCGACAUGAAUAUGUACAGAGAAUCUUGGACAUGGAUGGAGCUGCCCAGCCGCAUGAAUGUAUUUACAUUGACGAGGCUGGAUUCAACCUUAGCAAAAACAGACGACGGGGACGUAAUAUAACUGGCCAAAAGGCAAUUUUGCACGUCCCGGGGCAGCGCGGGGGAAAUAUCACAUUGUGUGCUGCCAUAAGUCUUCGAGGCCUACUGCACCAUCAUGCCAAACUGGGUCCCUAUAAUGCGCAACACAUCAUCACAUUUCUAGAUGCACUUCAUGAUGCAGUUGGACAGGAUGGACCAGAGCAGCCCAGGUUUGUUGUUGUCUGGGAUAAUGUUAGUUUCCAUCGGGCUGCUCUGGUCCAGAACUGGUUCACCAACCAUGAUCACUUUGAAGUUCUGUACUUGCCCCCUUACUCGCCAUUUCUAAAUCCUAUAGAGGAAUUUUUUUCCGCUUGGAGAUGGCGCGUAUAUGACCGCCAACCACAUGCCCGUAUGCCUCUUCUGCAGGCAAUGGAACAGGCCUGCGGAGACAUUGAGGUGAGGUCUAUCCAGGGAUGGAUUCGACACACAAGGGGAUAUUUUCCCCGAUGCUUAGCGAGAGAAGACAUUGCUUGUGAUGUUGAUGAGAUCCUGUGGCCAGACCCCAACAGACGGCAGGAUCCAUAAGCCCACUUGCGCACAAUUGUGUUUUUCUGUGUUUACAGUAGUGUAUUGUUUGUUUUAUUUUUGAUUUAACUGA